CUUCCAACAGCAUCAUUCCCCUAACUUUACUACGACAUACUUAGCAAUGUCCACCACAUCCAACGCUGAUGCCGCCAACGCCAACGAGAUGGUGGACACAAAGACGAAGAAGGAGUACAAGAUCAACUCGAUACACCGCUCCGGCAAUGUCCACUUUAUCACCACAGAUAAUGUGCUUUUCUCUUGCGACCUCGACCGCCUCGCAGAGGCGAGCUCCUUUUUCCGCAACCUCGGCGAGAUCCCGCAGUCCCCUGAGGCUGGUAAGAAAGCAACGACAACCCACAUAUCCAGCCAAGAGCUCCGCGAUCAGCUCGUACAGCUAUCAACCGAAGAACAAGAAGACAUCGCCAAACACAUAGACGCUGCCAUCACGUUUCCUGAGUGCGGCUCGCAAGUGCUCGAUCCGUGGUUGGGCCUCCUUGUGUUUGGGGGAACGGACAAAGGCAACCUGUGCAAAAUCAGCACCACUAUCCCGCUGGAGGGGUGUAGGCAGAUGUACGUGUUGGCGUACAAGUAUGGUUGUGACGAGGUGGUGAUGGAGAAUAUGCGCUGGCAGAUCGUUGUAAGGGAAUACAGGACCAUGUAGAGAUCAAUUGACCGGGGGGGGAGCGAAAGCCGUUGUAUCACAAUUCCAACCCUGGAAUUAUAAUGCAUAUGUUGGUUUGGA